AUGACGUCCGCUUGUGUCGAUGACGCGUUUUGUCGUCGGGAGCCAAAUUCGAGAUACGACGAAGAGAUCCGAAAGGGCGAAAAGAUUGAAGGCGAGCUUCUGCAUGCCAUCGAAUCCUCCAAAAUAUAUGUGCCCAUCUUCUCUAGGAACUAUGCAUCCAGUGUGUGGUGUCUUCGUGAGCUCACACACAUGGUGGAGUGCUCGAGCAAAGUGAAUGACAAAGUGAUCCUACCUAUUUUCUGUGAUGUGAAUCCCGACGAUGUGAAACUCAAAACUCGAUUGUACCUCGACGCUCUAGAGAAGCAUGAGGAGAAGUUCAGGUGUGAUGAAGUUCUACAAUGGAAAGAGGCUCUGAUCGAGGUCGCAAAAAUCAGGGGAUGGGGCACGAAGGACAAAGGGUAA